AUCGCGUGGGCCGCCAUUUUGAUAAAGUGCUUUGUGUUUUAAUGGUAACGCGGAAUUAUUGGAAUGAUUAAUGGAUUGGACAAUACCUAAUUGAUCAAAAGGAAGUCUCCUGUUUUUCGGUAUAAAUGGGUGGUCAUAAUGUGGUUACGAAGUGAGAAAAGAAACAGGGGAUUUCAUAAAUUUUCCUUGGCAGCAAACAAACCCAAAAGAAAACCUAAAAAGACUGGCUGGGUUCCCAAAUCCAGAACCGUGUCUCUUUACAAAAACUGUCUUAAAUCAGUCAAAAAGAAAUUUGUGAAAACCAAGGAACCUCAGAAGCCGCUGAACAUUUCUGAAGAAUGUAAAGAAAACUAUCAAUCCCAGGUAGUUCCUGAAUUAUACGAAGAAGGGACCAAAACUCUUGAGACCUUGAAUAAUGUCCCUCCUACCAGUGAUAUGUCAGCAACUAGUAGAUGUUACGAGUAUUACGAUAGUACUCCUUCUGGCACCAGUUCUUAUGAAACACAAUCUGAAAUGAUCAAUACAGACCUUCCAAAAGAAAUAGAGUAUUCCACCAUCGAACUAAAUACUAUAGAAAAUCUUAAUUACAAUGAAAAAAUGCAAUAUAUCGCCGAUAAAAAAGCUUGUGAAUAUCAAAAAGAUAAAUACCAAUAUAAUAUGUUUGCAGAAAAAAUUUGCGAGACCAUGUAUUAUGAAUACCCUUCUAUGAAAGGUGAAUAUCCGGAGCUCCAAAUAGAUAUUAACGAUCUAAAUAACGUUAACACUCAAGAUUUUACCAACAUGUUAGAUGAGGAAAUGUCAAAAGAUGUUAACAUGCAGAACGUGUAUGAUUACACUACUUUGUAUACUUCAAAUAUUCCUGAUAAUCACAUGAUCACUAGUGUUUCGUCACAAGAAGUUGAGCGGCUAGAUAGACAACCAGAACACAUUGAGGUUGAAGAUACUUGGGAUGCUUUUGAUCCGUAUUUGUUCAUCAAACACCUGCCACCUUUGACUUGUGAGAUGAGAGCUAAGUGCCCUGCUUUACCAUUGAAGACGAGAUCUAGUCCAGAUUUUAGCCUGGUGCUAGAUCUCGACGAAACUUUAGUUCACUGUAGCCUACAAGAACUCAAAGAUGCCAGUUUUCAUUUCCCGGUGCUAUUUCAAGAUUGUUCAUAUACCGUAUACGUUAGAACAAGACCUUUCUUCAGGGAAUUCAUGGAAAAAGUCUCACAGAUGUUCGAAGUGAUACUUUUCACAGCAUCUAAGAGAGUUUAUGCAGAUAAACUACUUAAUUUGUUGGAUCCGGAAAGAAAAUGGAUUAAAUACAGACUUUUUAGGGAACACUGUGUUUGCGUCAAUGGCAACUAUAUUAAGGAUCUUUCCAUCCUCGGCAGGGAUUUGUCCAAGACUAUCAUAAUCGAUAAUUCUCCACAGGCAUUUGGUUACCAUUUGAAUAAUGGUAUUCCCAUUGAAAGUUGGUUUGAAGAUAGGAGCGACUCUGAGCUAAUAAAGUUGGUACCGUUUUUAGAGAGUUUGGUGACGGUGAAAGAAGAUGUCAGACCGCACAUUCGGAAUAAAUUUAAGCUGUUCAGCUAUCUACCUCCAGAUUAGGAUGCGUAAGCCUAGACAAUCUUGUAUGAAAAACAAAAUAACAUGUAAUGCAUUGUACUUUUCGUUACUUUUUACGUUAAAGUACUGACUAACUUUAAUAUUACGUGCCUUUUUGGAUCAACACGAGAAUAUUGAUGUAUAGAUAAAAAAAUUUACCGUAUAACGUUAAAAAAGAAUGACAUGGAAGGUUUGUUAAAAUAGUUAUUAAAUAUUGUCAGUACUAUUACAGUACUUUUAAAUAAAGAAAUGGUUUAAGCUAAAAAUUUAAAUAAAUUUGGAGUGUUCUUCUUUUUUGAUUUUGCUCAGUAUUGAGAAGCAAUCAAUAUCAUUAUUUUAAUUAUACAGUAUCUGUAAUAACCACACAAACCCAUGGAUUAUACAGGGUGUCCCCGAAAAUAGUGCGUUCCUUUAAGGUAUGGAUAUAAUACACAAUUUAGAACAAAAAAGUGAAUUUUUGGAAAUUUAAUGACUGUGGAAAUUUAACCUAAUAACCCCUUGUUUAUUUACUAUUAAGGUGUGAUUUUUGGGGUUGUUGAGAUAUUAUGUACGUACCUGCAAAAUAAUGGAUGUGGGUUUGGUUGAUAUUUACAUUAUUUUACCUACCAGAUGCAACUGACCUACAAACCUACUUUUUUACUCUUUAGAUUUUUGAGUUGCGCGUUGUUGCCAGACUUCAAUUUGCAUAUCAAAAUGUAUUUUCGUUUUUUGGUCAAACGGAUCAAUUUAGAAAAAAAUGUUAUAAGACUUUUUUGCUCUACAUUGUGCCUUCUACCUAUACCUUUAAAGAACGCACUAUUUUCGGGGACACCCUGUAUACCUAACAGGUAUGAAAAUCAUGGGUCAGUGUUGGGGAAUCAAAAAGGGACAGAUUUAUAUAUUAAAUAAAUAUCGUAUUGAUAUCAAUCAUUUAAGCAAUGUGCAUAAAUUAAAAACUUACCGAUUUACUUACAAAUUAUCAUCUCUUCCUCUUCUUCUGUGUCGAAUUUGUUGUCUGGCCCGAUUAGAAUGAUUAUACGUAAAGAACUAUACAAGUUAAGUUAUACAUAAGAUACAACUUCUUUAAUGUUAUUACCAAUUUACUAAAGCUAGAUUUUUCGCAGUUGAUUACUGUGAUUGUGUAGAGAAACAUACUGCUGU